ACAUGUUCAUAGUUCACACUGUGGAUGAAAUCCAGAGCCUGAUCUCAGCCCAUGACCAGUUCAAGGCCACCCUUCCGGAGGCUGACUGUGAGAGACAGGCCAUCCUAAGCAUCUACACGGAGGUGCAGAAGAUAGCCCAGAGCUAUGGCAUCUCCCCCAACCUCACCAACCCCUACAGUGACAUCACACCGGCGGAGAUAGGACUCAAAUGGGACAAGGUGAAGAAGCUGGUUCCCCAGAGAAACAGUAUUCUCCAGGAGGAACUAGCCAGACAGCACGCCAACGAACGUCUCAGACGCCAGUUUGCUGCCCAGGCCAACAUCAUCGGACCGUGGAUCCAGACCAGGAUGGAGGAGAUCGGGCGUAGUUCCGUCGACAUCGGAGGUUCUCUGGAGGACCAGAUGAGUCAGCUGAAGCAGUUUGAACAGGUCAUCAUCAACUACAAGUCCAACAUCGACAAGCUAGAGGGAGACCAUCAACACAUCCAAGAGUCCCUGGUGUUCGACAACAAACACACCAACUACACCAUGGAGCAUAUCCGUGUGGGUUGGGAGCAGCUGUUGACCACCAUCGCUAGAACCAUCAAUGAGAUCGAGACCCAGAUUCUGACGCGCGACGCUAAAGGCAUCAGCCAGCAACAGAUGAACGAGUUCCGCCAGUCUUUUACUCACUUUGACAGGAAGAAGAAAGGAGGCAUGGAGACAGAUGACUUCAGAGCCUGUCUGAUCUCCAUGGGCUAUGAUCUGGGAGAGUCUGAGUUUGCCCGCAUCAUUUCUCUAGUGGAUCCCAACGGGUCCAACAAGGUGACCUUCCAGUCCUUCGUUGACUUCAUGACUAGAGAGACGUCCUACUCAGACACCUCAGAGCAGGUCCUCGCCUCCUUCAAGAUCCUGGCUGCUGAUAAGCCCUUCAUCCUGCUGGAGGAGCUGCGUAGAGAGCUGCCACCUGAGCAGGCAGAGUACUGUAUCUCCAGGAUGCCCCUGUACAAUGGGCCUGACGGGGUCCCAGGGGCUCUGGACUACACUGCCUUCUCCACGGCCCUCUAUGGGGAGAGCGACCUCUAGCUUCACACACCAGAAAUGCACCCUGACCUUGUGUCAGUCUCACCCCAUUUUGUUCCACACAUUUACAUCUAAAUUGAUUCGUAUUUUGACCGGUACUAAAGGGAGUUAUAUUUUUGAGAAAUUCCAAAGCAUUUUAAAGCCGUUUCAUGAGUGUAUGAUGUUUAAAGAGUAGGGAGAAAUAUUUAUUUCAAAGGACUGAGCAGGAUUCAUUCACUAGAUUAAGAAAAAAAUUAUGACUCAGUAAAUGUGAAAUUUACAUGUGAGUCACAUAAAAGUAACUCACUCAUAAAAAGUAACUUACACUUAAAAGUAACUCACUCAUAAAAAGUAACUUACACUUAAAAGUAACAUACACAUCAAAUGUAACUGACACAUAAGAAGUAACUGACACAUAAGAAGUAACUGACACAUCAGAAGUAACUGACACAUCAGAAGUAACUGACACAUAAGAAGUAACUGACACAUAAGAAGUAACUGACACAUAAGAAGUAACUGACACAUAAGAAGUAACUGACACAUCAGAAGUAACUGACACAUCAGAAGUAACUGACACAUAAGAAGUAACUGACACAUAAGAAGCGCUACUAAGUUAUUUGCUAGUCACCUAUGGAGACCUAAAGAUGUGAAUUCAUGAGAAGCUUGUAUUGUAUCAGUGUUUGCACUCUUCUAAAUUAGUACAUAAAAAACACGUUUUUGCCUCGUCUGUUCAGUGUCUAAAAUGAAUGAAAAGGACACAGUAUGCUAGCCUGGACUCAGGUCUGAUCUAACCUAGCCUGGACUCAGGUCUGAUCUAACCUAGCCUGGUCCCAGAUCUGAUCCCACAGCCUGGUCCCAGAUCUGAUCUCUCUAGCCUGAUCUCAGAUCAGAUCUCACUAGCCUGGACUCAGGUCUGAUCUAACCUAGCCUGGACUCAGGUCUGAUCCCACAGCCUGGUCCCAGAUCUGAUCUCUCUAGCCUGAUCUCAGAUCAGAUCUAACCUAGCCUGGUCUCAGAUCUGAUCUCACUAGCCUGGUCUCAGAUCUGAUCCCACAGCCUGGUCCCAGAUCUGAUCUCUCUAGCCUGAUCUCAGAUCUGAUCUAACCUAGCCUGGUCCCAGAUCUGAUCUCACCUAGUCCCAGAACUGAUCUCACCUAGCCUGGUCCCAGAUCUAAUCUCACCAAUCUGGUCCCAGAUCUGAUCUCACUAGCCUGGUCCCAGACCUGAUCUUACUAGCCUGGUCCUAGAUCUGAUCCCACACCCUGGUCCCAGAUCUGAUCUCACUAACCCUUGUCCCAGAUCUGAUCUCAGAUCUGAUCUCACCCAGCCUGGUCACAGAUCUGAUCUCUCUAGUCUGGUCUCAGAUCUGAUCUCUCUAGUCUGGUCUCAGAUCUGAUCUCACUAGCCUGGUCCUAGAUCUGAUCUCACUGACCUGGUCCCAGAUCUGAUCUCACUAGCCUGGUGCCAGAGCUGAUCUGACUAGCCUGGUCCCAGAUCUGAUCACACUAGCCUGGUGCCAGUUCUGAUCUCUACAGCUCUCUCUAUAAUUCAUCCAGGCUACAUUAUAAUCCACCCAGGCUACAUUAUAAUUCACCCAGGCUACAUUAUAAUCCCCGCCAGGCUACAUUAUAAUUCACCCAGGCUACAUUAUAAUUCACCCAGGCUACAUUAUAAUCCCCCAGGAUACAUUAUAAUCUACCCAGGCUAUAUUAUAAUCCCCCACCCAGGCUACAUUAUAAUCCACCCAGGCUACAUUAUACUUCACACAGGCUACAUUAUAAUUCACCCAGGCUACAUUAUAAUUCACCCAGGCUACAUUAUAAUCCACCCAGGCUAUAUUAUAACCCCCCACCCAGGC